CCCCCUCAUGCUGGGUCCGUGGCUGAGCCCAUGUCUCUGGCAGUUUGACGGGAUGCACAUUGUGAGUGGCUCCCUGGACACCUCCAUCCGGGUGUGGGACAUGGAGAGUGGGAACUGCCUGCACACGCUGAUGGGGCACCAGUCGCUCACCAGUGGCAUGGAGCUGCGGGAUAACAUCCUCGUCUCAGGCAACGCAGACUCAACCGUCAAGAUCUGGGACAUCAAGACGGGCCAGUGCCUGCAGACGCUGCAGGGGCCCAGCAAGCACCAGAGCGCUGUCACCUGCCUCCAGUUCAGCUCCAAGUUCGUGGUGACCAGCUCGGACGACGGCAGUGGCGAGUUUGUGCGCAACCUGGUGACCCUGGAGAGCGGGGGCAGCGGGGGGGUGGUGUGGCGCAUCCGCGCCUCCAACACAAAGCUGGUGUGUGCCGUGGGCAGCCGCAACGGCACCGAGGAGACCAAGCUGCUGGUGCUGGAUUUCGAUGUCGACCUGAAAUGAGCCCCAGCCAAGCCGGAUGGGGAUGGAGGAUCCCGCAGGCCGGGCUCAGCAGCUGGGCUCUGCGGGGCAGGGCCCGGAGCAGGCCUCAGCCCCUCUGCAGGGCUGUACAGACGGUGUGCAGCCUGCCUGGGCCUUAUUUAUGUGUGUGAGCUCCAGGACGGGGCUGGCGAGGAGGGCCCUGCGCGCAGCCGGGCCCCGGACAGAGGAAGGCAGCAUGUUUUGUACACACUAAUAUAUCGAUCUAUUUCUGUACCCGGGGCUGC